CACCGAAAGCUCCACAAACCCACUAAAAGCAGAAGAAGGCGGCGCUAAAUAAAUUAAAAAUGCAACCAGAGAGCUCAGAUCAGAUGUUGUAUUCGUUCCUAACCGGAAACCAAAUCUCCGGGGGAGGAUUUUGCGUUUCCGAGAACUACAAGUCUUCGUCGACGUCAUCUUAUUACCCACUAGCGAUCUCUGGCAUCGGAGAAACGCUUGCUCAAGACAGAGCUAUUGCUGCUUUGAGGAAUCACAAAGAAGCUGAGCGAAGAAGAAGAGAGAGAAUAAAUUCUCAUCUCACCAAACUAUGUAACGUACUCUCUUGUAAUUCCAAGACCGAUAAAGCCACACUGCUGGCCAAAGUGGUCCAUCGAGUCAAAGAACUUAAACAACAAACCCUAGAGAUCUCCGACUCCGACCAAACUCUUUUACCCUCGGAGACCGACGAGAUUAGUGUUCUACACUAUGGAGACUAUUCAAACGACGGUCAUAUAAUUUUCAAAGCAUCUCUAUGUUGUGACGAUAGAUCAGAUCUGUUGCCUGAUCUCAUGGAGAUACUUAAUUCUCUUCACAUGAAGACUCUUCGAGCUGAGAUGGUAACUCUUGGUGGUCGGACAAGAAAUGUUCUUGUUGUGGCUGCAGACAAAGAGAUGCACGGUGUACAGUCUGUGCAUUUCUUGCAGAACGCUCUCAAGUCCCUGCUCGAGCGAUCAAGCAAGUUGUUGAUGGAAUGUAGUUCUGGAAGUGGCGGAGAGCGGUCAAAACGACGCCGUGCACUGGAACACGUGAUAAUGGUGUGAGAUGAUGAGAGUACACUAAAAAGCUUCUAAUUGAUGAUUUACAUAUAGCGUAUGAUCAUAAUUAACUUGGUUAUGAUUACCAAAACCUUUUUUAGUGUUCCUACUUUAUAACGUUUUAUUGUUUAGCUAUAAGAUGUAGGAGUGUAUUCUCUUUCUUUUCUUUUUCAAGUUAUCAAUUAGUUAUGUUUUCAUGCUAUUUUCUUAUUAUGUUUGAGCUGUUGGUGUGAGGACUAUUCGGGUUUUAAGAUUGCGAGAAUAUUUGUCAAUGUAGACUAAAGUACAAGAUGUGA